AUGCCAGGGCUCCCUUACGAUGUGAUUAUACCCAUCAUGGGAUGUUUAUUCAACGACUACGACUACGGAGCAAAUUAUUCAACGCUUUAUCAAUGCUCGUUGGUAAACCGGGCACUCCACAACGCCGCGACACCGUUUCUAUACCGUUGCGUGACAUAUUCUGCCGUUCACACCCCUCUCAGUCUGAGCAGGCGGGAUCCACUAUCGGAAGGCUACUUUGCGGCAGCCAGACUUCCUCACAAUGCAACCCUGGUUCAGCGGUUGGAGAUAUGCAAUCUGUAUACCCAGCGGCUGAAUCAAUUUUCCUCGCGAUUGAAAGCAGCGGUGGAAUGCUGGCCGAACCUCCGCACCGUCGUGUUUACCCCACGCACCCAACAGGAUCAUCUCUUCGAUGACGCUUUGCCGCUCCUUCUUCAGCUCCCCUAUCUCGAAAGCUUCACAUGCGACCCCGCGUGUGGCUCCGAGCUCAACGCACAAACACUCUCGCAGCUUCGCAAUCUGAAAAGCCUCACAAUCGAAACUCCGAAACGCGUUAUUUUGCAACUUUUACCAGAGUUGUUGCGAGACCUCAAGCCCACUUUGAGAACAUUAAGUCUCACCGGCAACUGCGGGUCUAUUACCCCAGGCGUGCUACGCUCGUUUGUCCCCCACAUGACGGAUAUUGCUGCGUUCUCUUUCGGACUGUCAUACUCUCUUACCCACGACGACGUCUUCGAGAUCCUGGAGGGUCUUCCGAACUUGACCAGCUUAACCUUCUUUUACUACCUGCAAAUGCGCCCUUAUCGCGCACCCUAUCUCCCGCACUUCCGAGACCUCACUGUUCAAUGCGUCAGUCCCUCCACACGCUCGGAGGCCGCAUACUUCUACAAGUGGGUCCGCCGCGUGAUCCGCCAUGGGCCGCUCAGAAAGCUGCAUGUGGAGUUUCCGAUACCAUCAGCAAUGCGCGGAGCGUCUCCCUCCUUCAGCCCUCUGCUAGAACAUCUCUGCGCACGGCACGCCGCCACGCUCCAGGUGUGCGCGCUGAAGAGCCUCUGCUCUACCUGUGUCCUGCUCGAAGAGCUCUCAGUUCUCGUCUCGCUGGACGUCGCGCGCCGACUCCUUCCCGAGUACAUCGAGAACCUACCUCGUCUCCACGCGCUCCACAUCGACAUCCUAGGCAAGCACAAGACGCGCCGGGAGAACUCGACUCUCGAAGCCGCGCAGGUCUUCUUCGACCGCAACCGUACUCUCCGGAGGGUGAGCAUCAACAAAGAGCGCUACACGGUGACGAUCCCCCUUCACGUCCGCUCCGUGCUUGCCUGA